AUGGCGGGCGACGGCGACACCACGGACCACGUCGCCAGGAUCAAUGCCAUCCUCCGGGACAGCGUCCGGGCGGGUGUCCCCGGGCUCUCUGUCGCUGUGUCCUCCGUUCGCAAGACGUGGACAUUUACGAGCGGCGUUUCUGACCUGCGCAGCCUGGAGCCAGUCGACACGACGCACUUGUUUGGCAUCGGCAGCAUCACAAAGGUAUUUGUCGCCGUGGUCGUCCUGCAGCUCGUCGAAGAAGGCAAGCUCGGGCUGUCGGACACGGUCAACAGCCUGCUCAAGCCCGGUGUGUACCGCGGCAUCGUGGACGCCGGGGAUGCAACUGUGGCACGGCUUCUAAGCCACGAAGCGGGUAUCGACAGUUGGGAGGACGACCCUUCAUGGAUCCGCAAUGGCCGUGGCAGCGAGAUGGAACCCUCUCACAUAUGGGCCAAGACGGAACCGCUUGACUACAUCCGGCGGCCCAAGAAGACGGCCCCAGAGCCUGGCAGGUGGUACUACUCAAACACCAACUACACCUUGCUCGGGCUCAUUAUUGAAAAGGUCACCGGGAGCUCCGCAGAGUCCGAGAUCCGCCACCGAAUCCUCAACCCGCUGGGUAUGAGGCAAACCUACCUCGAGGGCUUCGAAAGUCCCCCCAGCGAGGGCCUCCUCCCGAGUCGCUACCACUGGGCCACGGACACCUUUCGUGACGCGGCGGGUACAAGUCCCUCAUUCCCCCCCAUGAGCGAGCGCCUCAUCGACUGCACUUCGUCGAACCUGUCCACCGAAUGGACUGCAGGCGGGAUCCUCUCCUCGGCAACGGACCUCGCCACGUUUGCUGUUGCGCUGCGGGACGGAAAGCUCCUCAGCUCCGAGUCCCUCGCCGUCAUGACAGAGUGGCGGUCAGUGGCCAAUGACGAGGAGAUGGGCCAUGGUCUUUUUCGCAUAAAGCGGCCCGAUGCCGACGCGUGGCUCGGCCACUUUGGAGGUGUGCUGGGCUUCACGGCAGCACUGUGGUGGAAGGAGAGCGGCGACUGCGCCGUCGUGGUGCUUUCCAAUGUGGGCAGGAUGCAUGCAGGCAACGUGCCGUCGAGUGGUAGCCACGUUGUGGUCAAGUCUAAUUUGUUGGAGGUUGCAUCCAAGUUGGCCAGCACCUCUGCUCUCGAUAGCUAA